AUGUUACGUUGCUUAUUGACUCGCCAAAACUACAUAGUACGCUCAGGAUUACAAACCAGACACAUCAAUUCAACAUGCCGCUUACUAAAGAACAAGGAAGACAAACCCAUGUCUAGCACAGAGGAAGAUUGGGAGCAAGCCAAUGUCAAACAGUCCAGCAUAGCCAACUAUGCUAUUCCACAGCAAGCUUCGUCAGCCAUUCCAAGCAGCAUGUUGGCAGCAUUCAACAACAUGUUUGAUCGUGGACCCAAUGUCGGCAUUGAAGUCAUUACAAAGAAGGGCUUCGUGCUCUCCAACCACAUCAAGAUAGAUCAACCGCUGAUUCUGCUGAAUGGAUCACCCUUCUUAUGGAACGCGCCACCCAGAGCACCUGGAUUCCUGCCCAUGAAAGACUGGGACAUUGAAGCAUUCAAGAUUUUCGAGUUGGUAUCACCUCGACCUGAAUUGAUCAUGUUUGGCACUGGCAGAGAAUUUGCGCCUAUUCCAGAACACAUUAGACAAUAUUUCUUCAAGCUGGGCAUUCAAGUGGAUCAAAUGAACUCUAAACACGCAGCAGCCACUUACAAUGUAUUAGCAGAAGAAGGAAGAAGAAUUGCAGCAGCUUUAUUACCACUUGACGAAUAA